ACCCUGGAGGACAUUAUGCUGAUGUCUCAGGAACCCAAAGUGGAUUUUAUUUUGUUAGGUGGCGAUCUUUUUCAUGAAAAUAAGCCAUCCAGAAAAACGCUGCAUACAUGCCUGGAGCUGCUCCGGAAGUACUGCAUGGGUGAUCGCCCCGUCCAGUUUGAAAUCAUCAGCGAUCAGUCAGUCAACUUUGGUUUUAGUAAGUUUCCGUGGGUGAACUUUCAAGAUUACAAUCUCAACAUUUCAAUUCCAGUGUUUAGUAUUCAUGGCAACCAUGAUGAUCCCACAGGGGCAGAUGCACUCUGUGCCCUGGAUAUUUUAAGUUGUGCAGGACUGGUAAAUCACUUUGGGCGCUCCAUGUCUGUGGAGAAGAUAGACAUUAGUCCAGUUUUGCUUCAGAAAGGAAGUACAAAAAUUGCUUUAUAUGGCUUAGGCUCCAUUCCAGAUGAAAGGCUCUAUCGAAUGUUUGUCAAUAAAAAUGUUACAAUGUUGAGACCAAAGGAAGAUGAGAACUCUUGGUUUAACUUAUUUGUGCUUCAUCAGAACAGGAGUAAACAUGGAAGCACUAACUUCAUUCCAGAACAGUUUUUGGAUGACUUCAUUGACCUUGUGAUCUGGGGCCAUGAACAUGAGUGUAAAAUAGCUCCAACCAAAAAUGAACAACAGCUCUUCUAUGUGUCCCAGCCUGGAAGUUCUGUGGUCACUUCUCUUUCCCCAGGAGAAACUGUGAAGAAACAUGUUGGCUUGCUGCGUGUUAAAGGGAGAAAGAUGAAUAUGCAGAAAAUUCCUCUCCACACGGUGCGGCAAUUUUUCAUGGAAGAUGUUGUUCUGGCUAAUCAUCCAGACCUUUUUAAUCCAGACAAUCCCAGAGUUAUUCAAGCCAUACAGAGCUUCUGUUUGGAGAAGAUUGAAGAAAUGCUUGAAAAUGCUGAACGGGAACGUCUGGGAAACUCUCGACAGCCAGACAAGCCUCUUAUCCGACUGCGAGUGGACUACAGUGGAGGCUUUGAGCCUUUCAAUGUACUUCGCUUUAGCCAGAAAUUUAUGGAUCGAGUAGCUAAUCCAAAAGAUGUUAUCCAUUUUUUCAGGCAUAGAGAGCAAAAGGAAAAAACAGGAGAAGAGAUCAACUUUGGGAAACUUAUCACAAGACCUUCAGAAGGAACAACUCUGAGGGUGGAAGACCUUGUAAAACAGUAUUUUCAAACUGCAGAGAAGAAUGUGCAACUCUCACUUCUAACAGAAAGGGGAAUGGGUGAAGCAGUACAAGAAUUUGUGGAUAAGGAGGAGAAAGAUGCUAUAGAGGAAUUAGUGAAAUACCAGUUGGAAAAAACACAGCGAUUUCUAAAAGAACGUCAUAUUGAUGCCUUGGAAGACAAAAUCGAUGAAGAGGCUAUGAGUAGGGCCAGAGCCCACAGGUCUCAGUUAGAGGACGCUGCGUCCACUUUCAGUGCUGAUGACCUCAUGAGUGUGGAUUUGACAGACGAGAUGGCUGGUGACUCUGAUGACAGCAUCUCAGCAUCGGCCAGCAGAGGAAGAGGCCGAGGAAGAGGUCGAAGAGGAGGCAGAGGGCAGAACUCCUCAUCAAGAGGAGGGUCUCAAAGAGGACGGGGGAGUAGUCUGGAGACCUCCACUCGAAGCAGAAGCUCAAAGGCCGCUACUGCAUCAUCUAGAAAUAUGUCCAUUAUUGAUGCCUUUAAGUCUACAAGAGAACAUCCUUCACGAAAUGUUGCUACUAAGAAUUAUACAGAGACAAUUGAGGUGGAUGAGUCAGAAGAGGAAGAAGACCUGUUUCCUGCCUCUUCGAAAACCGAUCAGAGGUAA